CACCCUGACAAGAAGAAAACACGACGUGAAGGCCGAGGAGAGUCAAUGAGGAGCCGAGGGCGAAGAGCUGGGGACGAAACAAUCAGUAAAGGACGAAUCGUGAUGUGUGUGUUACUGUAGUUUCCUUAAGUGAACAUAUUAUACCUAACACAUGGACACAGCGAAGCUUUUAACUGAGAACGUCAGACCUUCACCACCGUGAUGGACGGAAGGGGAAUGUGUAACCAGCACUUCAUCCCCAGUCCCCUCAAGAUUGUCCGUGCCCAGAAGCAGUACAUGACAGACAACAUGGGGGUGCAGUACCUGGACUGUGUUUCCAAUGUGGUGCAUGUGGGUCAUUGUCAUCCACAGGUGGUGGCAGCGGGCAAGAACCAGAUGGCAACUCUGGUGACGGCACAAGGCUUCAUCAAUGACUCACUCACAAAGUAUGUUAAGGAACUGACCAGUCACCUCCCAGACACCCUCAAUGUCGUGUAUCUUGUUAACUCCGGGUCAGAAGCCAAUGACCUUGCCCUCAGACUGGCUCGCUCCCACACCAGCCACAAGGAUGUAGUUGUGUUUGACGAGGCAUAUCAUGGAAACUUGGGUAACCUCAUAGACAUAAGUCCUAAAAUGUUCAAGAGAAUGCCACAGGGCAAGAAAGAUUUUGUUCAUGUGAUACCUUGUCCGGACACCUACAGGGGACCACACCGUGAUGACUCUCCUGGGGCAGCAGCAGCGGAGAAGUAUGUGAUGGAGGCAGAGCGUGUGGUGAUGCAGGCGAUACAGAACAACCGCAAGAUCAGCUGCCUCUUCACUGAAUGUGUAGUUGUCAAUUGUGGUGUCAUUGUGCCCCCAAGAAACUACUUCUCCCUCUUGUACAACCUGAUUCGGGAGGUGGGAGGUGUGUGUGUUGCAGACGAAGUGCAGACUGCUCUUGGGAGGACGGGCGAGUGCUUCUGGGCCUUUGAGCACUAUGGCGUUGUGCCAGACAUCGUGACCACAGGCAAGCCCCUUGGUAAUGGCUACCCCAUGGCAGCUGUCAUCACCACCAGGGAAAUUUCAGAAUCCUUAGGGGAAUACUACUCCACUUUUGGUGGCAACCCUGUAGCGUGUGCAGUGGGCAUGGCAGUGCUAGAUGUAAUAGAGAAUGAGAAGCUAGUGCAAAGUGCCAAGGCAGUGGGGAAGACACUCCUGGAGAACCUACAGUUGCUCAAGACAAAACAUGAGUGUGUUGGGGAUGUGAGGGGCAUGGGACUCUGCCUUGCCCUUGACAUUGUACAGGACAAGGCCUCCCGCAAGCCAGCCAGAGAACUCGCCCAGACCAUUGUUCAUAGGGUGAAGGAGGACCACCACACUCUCCUCCAGGUUCAGGGUCCAGGGCACAACAUCAUCACCAUCACACCACCAAUGUGCUUCACGCAACUCAAUGCACGCAGCCUCACCACUGCCCUGGAUGAGGCCCUCACGGCGUGCUGUCUAAGGAACCAACACUCUGACUUGAUGAGUCACCCGCUGGGUUUGGAGCGGAAUCAAGCUGUCCUCUCACUAGAGGAACUGGAGAGAUUUGAUGAGGAGGAGGUGACGGGGCCUGAGCCGAAGAGACCUCGCACUAGCUAUGAUGAUGUGGACUGAAUGUGUGUGUGUUUGUGUCUUGGUUGUCUUUUUUGUAGAGUCUCAAGUUGUUUCUUUCUAAUUCUCAGAUCAUGUUAUUAUUUUUUCUGGGUCUGUUCACUUACAAUACACUUGUCUCCUAACAUUAGUGAGGGGUUGGCCACGGAGAUCCCCACAAAAAUUCAAAAUCUACAAUCAAUAAAUAACUCUCUCUCUCUCUCUCUCUCUCUCUCUCUCUCUCUCUCUCUCUCUCUCUCUCUCUCUCUCUCUCUCUCUCUCUCUCUCUC